AUGGAAGAUUUAGAACAUCUGCCACCACAUUUACGGCAAGAAUUUGAAAUUAUGCGUGAUCUUGAUCAAAAAGUCCAGGAUAUUAUUCGUCAAAUACAACAACGAACAACAUAUUUAUUUGAACAUGCAAAUGACAUGACCAAGGAAGAACGAAAGGCACAAAUUGAACAAAUACGAAUUUUAUUUAAAAAAGGCAAAGAAAUCAGUAAUGAUAAAGUGUCCAGGGCUGAAAGUGCAUAUGAACUGGUAGACAAACAAAUAUGUCGACUUGAUGCUGAUAUGUUUGAAUUCAAGAAAGCCCUAGCGGAGAAAGAAUCUAAGAAAGUUAAGAAAACACGAGCGAGACGAGAACAAGAACAGCCAAAGUCUCCUAAGAUCCCAGCUACUGCAGCAUUGGCACUUGCAUUGACAAACAAUCCUAGGGAAGUAUUAGAUAUGCCAGUCGAUCCAAACGAGCCAACAUAUUGUGUAUGUCAACAAGUAUCCUACGGUGAAAUGGUCGCUUGUGAUAAUCGUGAUUGUCCAAUCGAAUGGUUCCACUUUGACUGUGUCGGAUUAGUGAAUAAACCACGUGGACAAUGGUUCUGUCCACAGUGUAUAGCUCAAGGAUUUUCUUCGAAGAAAGAUGACUGA